GAUUUACAGUGUGUAGUGCGUAUUGGGCGAGCAUAACGUGACUCGAAUGAACGAACGUUUACACUAUAUGUUUUGCCGGUAAACCUUGAUGUGCGACGUAACGAUGCCGACUUUGAACGAGAUUGUUUAUAAAGGCCGAUAUCCAUUGUUGACGGUCACUCCACGAUCAAUUGACGAGAUCAUCAACCGGCCUACUACUCUAUAAACUUUCCAAUCUGGGUACUCCCAAAUUAUCCAUCGACAGAAUUGAGAACAUCUUUUUCAACCUCCGCAACUUGAGCAAAAUGCACGCUGUCCUAGGUCUCCUUGCCUCUUUUGGCCUCGCAGCAUCGGCUGCUGUUAUCCCUCGAGCUGAACAAACUGCCGGACGCGAAGUCGUCCCUGCAUACUAUGAUGGACAAUGUUUCUACCCAGUCCCCGAUCCCUCUUUUGUCCUCGAAGAGUAUCUAGGCACGUGGUAUCAAGUCGCUGGAACUCCAUUUGGUGAGACUUCAGGCGCAAAGUGUGUCACUGCCGAGUAUCAAGCCAAUGACGAUGGAACUGUGAAGGUCAUUAACACAGCAACGGCCGGAGGUCGGUCAGUAGGCGCAAAUGGCACCGCAGCUCCUGUUAGCGCGCAAUAUGGCUUUGGUGGAGCUUUUGUGGUCUCGUUCCCGGAAUCUUCCCCUGCUGAAUGCCCCGGGCCCAACUACAUCGUUCAAGAGUACGGCGGUGAUUACGCCAUAGUACAAACCCAGGAAUGGGGAGUUUUGUACAUUUUGAGCCGAGAGCGCCAACCUGGCCAGGAGCAGAUUGAUGCUUGGAUUCAGCGAGCCGUCUGCCUUGGAUCGAACGCGACCGUCAUCUCCAUGUUCGAUCAAGAGGGCUGCUAGUCGUCAUGAAAAUCAUCUGGGAUACUCGGAUCAGAAUACAGAUUUCCUAAUGAUAUAUAAUAUACAUUUCUUGCAGUACGUCGACUCUAAGCAUACCGCUAUCAUUGUGUUCAAACCGAUUAGCCGCCAAUGCGUGUUUAGGUAUGUAGACAUCAGUAUGCCUCGUACUGCAUCUCGUAUCAGAAGUUCAUCAUCAGAUAUCCACCCAUGUUCACUUUCCUAUUCGAGCGUUCGAUCCUUCCAUCCCUCGCACAACACAACUGAAUUAGGCUAACUAUGAGUCAAAGGUCAACUGGCAGUGUCCACCGACGUG